AUGUCGUUUAAUUUUAGUAUUGAGAACAAUUCGUCACAGUGGAAAAAUUACACUUUUUAUUCUUACUACAGCUACGUAGAUUAUUUUAUGAAUUUAUUAAUAGUGAAUGUAACAUUUGCGGUUGCUGGUACACUGAUCAACGUUUGGUUUCUGGCAGCCAUGUUGCUGGAUCGGAAAAUUCGCUCUCGGAUGCGCAACAAAAUUAUCUGUGGUUUGCUGGUGGUCAACUUAACAGAGACUGUGAUACUCUGCGGUCUGGAUAUUAUUGACAGUUCUGCGGUCCUGCUUGAGGCAAAUCAAUUUCAUUGUAAUGUCUACGCGGUUUACGAAACCAUCUACCACACCCAAGACUUUGUCGGCAACUGGUACCUUGUAAUUCUCCUGUGUGUUUUUACAACUCGUUCGAUGAAAUUUGAACCUAGAUUUACCCCACGAUGGAAGAACAUUUUAACUUCUGUUAUCUUCAUAUCUCCAUGUGUGUUUGCUUUAUUCUUUGUUCCGCUGACAAUGAAUAGAUAUUAUUCUCGUUUUCAUGACGCUAUCUGCCUGAGUGCCAGCAAAGCUAAACUAAUCUACAUAUGUUUAGAUACGAUUGUUCCCCAGACACUGGCAGUCUUACUUUUGAUGAUAGCUUCAGCAUUUAAGCGACGGCGAUAUUUCCAAGGACCCGCUUCGGACGCUCUUCGUGACCAGCUCAUAGACGACAGAUCCCAGAUUGAUCCCUGGUACCCUUUCGUCGCUCUCCUGGUCACUGCGAUAGCGACUGACAUCUUUAAAGUAGUAUACUUUAUAAAUCCAAGAGUUUUCUAUAUGCUUGAGCACUGGACCAUGAACCGUUUGUUUUUGGUCUUCCAAGUUGUCACCUACCUACGUCUUGUCGUCGUGCCCCUUGUGAUUCUGCUGUUUCCAGACAUUAGGGAACAAAUCAAAACAUGGAGGCCUUGCCGUAGAUCUGUUCCUCCUACAGAUUUGGUUGUCACCUAUGAGAAAAAUACUUCGUGA